AUGGCUUCGCAGCCUGAUUCCGCAGUUCCGUACACACCAUCUCUCCCGAAGAAAGCCCUCAUUCUUUUCUUCAAAGGCGUGAACAAGCUUGUUGCAUGGCACAAACUCCCAACGUACAUCGGCGUCCUCAACCUCGCAGCCUACCGCUACGAGCUCCGCGAGCACAACCUGCGCGACACGUACCCCUCGCCCUCAUAUCAGGGCACCUCCGCCUCGGAUCCUAUACCCGAAGAAUUUGCACACACGCGGAACUCGGAUGGGCUUUACAACGACACUAAUCAGCCUAGGAUGGGCUGUGUUGGUAUGCGGUUCGGCCGAAAUGUAGCUAGGGAGCAUACGAAGAAGCCCACUAAGGAGGACUUAAUGGACCCGAAUCCGAGGGUUGUGAGUGAGGUGCUGUUAAAGAGGGAGGGUUUUAAGCCGGCUACUAUUCUGAAUUUGUUGGCGGCGGCCUGGAUUCAGUUCCAGGUGCAUGAUUGGUUCAUGCACACUAACUCCACGACUGAGAAACAUGAUAUCAAGCUCCCACCCGAUGAUACAUGGAGUGAUUCGCAAAUGGUCGUGGAAGCCACGCAAGAAGAUGAGCCAUUCGUCGAACUCGACAAGACAUCCCCUGCUUACAAGAAUGAGAACACGCAUUGGUGGGACGGCUCCCAGAUCUAUGGGAGCAGUGAAGCCCGUACAAAGGAACUACGCGGUCUCGCGAAGAAUGGCAAGCUCGAGGUCGAUGAGCAAGGCAUUGUCACGUUUCUGCCGCGGGAUGAUAAUAGUAUACCGAAAACAGGGUUUUACUCGAACUGGUGGCUUGGGCUAGAGAUGCUGCAUACGCUGUUUGUGCUGGAGCAUAAUGCCAUUUGUGAUGAGCUUGCGAAGGAGUAUCCCAACUGGUCGUCUGAAAAGAUCUUCGACACCGCAAGACUGGUCAACUGUGCGCUUAUGGCGAAGAUACAUACAACUGAGUGGACGCCUGCCAUCCUCGCACACCCCGCCCUCCAAGUCGCCAUGUCCGGUAACUGGUGGGGCGUCCUAGGAGAAAGAUUGUACAAACUCCUCGGCCGUGUCGCACCAGGAGAAUCCAUCUCUGGGAUCCCAGGCUCAGGCGCCGAGCAGCACGGCGCCCCGUACUCGCUGACAGAAGAAUUCGUCUCGGUGUACCGUCUCCACCCUCUGAUCCCGGACAAUGUCGCCUUCUUCUCCGCCGCGACCGGCAAGCACAAGAAAACCUAUCCCAUCAAAGGCAUUGCAUUCGCCGAAGCACGAGCGCCACUCACAGAGCAGAACCUCGGUUUUGAAGACAUUCUCUACAGCUUCGGCAUCAACUACCCCGGCGCCGUGACGCUGAACAACACCCCCGACUUCCUCCGCGACCUGCACACGCCCGAAGGCCGCCACGUCGACAUGGGCACCAUCGAUAUCCUGCGCGACCGCGAGCGCGGCGUCCCGCGGUAUAAUAAAUUCCGCACCCUCUUCCACAUGAAGCCUGCUUCGUCCUUCCUCGAGCUCACCGGUGGCAACGCAGACGUAGCCGAGAAGCUUUCGACUGUCUACGAAGGCGACGUCGACAAAGUCGAUCUACUGGUUGGCUGCCUAUGCGAGCCGUUGCCAAAAGGAUUCGGAUUCAGUGACACGGCUUUUAGAGUGUUUAUUCUAAUGGCGAGCCGGAGGUUGAAGAGUGAUAGGUUUAUUGCGACAGACUGGAAUCAGGGGACGUAUAGUAAGGCUGGUAUGCAUUGGGUGCAGUAUAAUGGGAUGAAAGAAGUUUUGACGAGGCAUUUCCCCGUGUUGGGUGAGAGCCUGAAGGGUAGUAAGAACCCUUUCGCGCCGUGGGAGAAGGUUGGGAUGAGUGGCGAGUAUAAGGGGGAAGAGACGAACGCUUGA